CUUUUACUUCAACAGAUAGUGAGGAAGAUUCUUUUCUACACUACAGAAAGCCCCUUAGUUACUAGUUGUUGAAAAUAAUCGAGUUAUCUGACCAUGCAAGUUUUCGUAAAGUCUCUUCAAGGUAACACCUUUGCCUUAGAUGUCUCUUCCAACACUUCCGUUGCUGCUGUCAAGUCCAUGAUUGAAGCACGUGAAGGUCUUCCUGUCAACGCCCAAUGCUUGUCCUAUGCUGGUAAGUCCCUUGUUGAAGGUGAACUCGCUCUUUAUGGUAUUGCCGACAACAACACUUUGCACUUGAAUGCCGAGUUAUUGGGUGGUGGUAAGAAGAGAAAGAAGAAGACUUACACCACUCCCAAGAAGAUCAAGCAUAAGCGCAAGAAGGUCAAGAUGGCCGUCUUGAAGUAUUACAAGGUUGAUGAAUCUGGCAAGAUCACUCGUCUUCGUCGUGAAUGUCCUAAUGCCACUUGUGGUGCUGGUGUCUUUAUGGCCAAGCACAAAGACCGUCAAUACUGUGGUAAAUGCCACUUGACUUAUGUCUUCCAAAAGGGUGAAAGCGCUUAAGCGUUUUAUUGUGUAAUAAAUAAAAAUUUUUUAUUUACUGCUCCUUCGACACUGGUUCGCUUGAAGGUUGAUUUGAUACUGUCUGUGUCUUGAGUAAGGCU